UCGCGCCCGGCUUCUGCCACGCUACACUCAGCCGCCAGCCUGCUCGCCGGCGGUCCCUUUGCCGAUGGUCGGCGGGGGCCCGCGAUAAACACAUGGCAGAGGGCGAGAAAGGCGCUGUCUGAUUGCUGCACCCACCUCCACUGCCCUUGGUCUUAGCUCAAACGGUACUGGCUUCCGCCCGAUACGCACGCCAUGCUCUGAUUCAUGCGGCACCAAUACCUCCCCUCCAGCUCGCUAGCUUGGGUGCAAGGGAGUGAGCCGGCGUCGGCCUCGAACUCUAUGGUAGAGUGUGCCUUCCUGAUAGGCUGGGUACCUUGUUGGGCGCCGACAACUAUCUUACCUCCUAUGUCGGGAUCAUUCCGUCUCUUUUGACCGGCACGUCACCUUGUAUCCACCAAGCAGCGUAGCAGUCCCAUUUCCUGCCAGAACUAGUCGGUUCGUUAUCUCCCUUUCUCCUUCCUUUGGCUCGAACGUAUCUAGGGAGAAGAUAUAUCAGGGGUCCAUCGGGGCCAACGAUCCAAGGCCGCCCACCGUAUCUAUGGUGCGUCCCGUUCCGGCGCUUAUACGGUCCACCUUGUGUCACCAUAUCACUUGCGCCCUCCCUGACUCCAUGUCGUUCCCAUAUCACGCACGCUACCCUUCGUUGUAUUUGGAGUCUCGCUCGUAUCAACUCUUGGGAUAUCAGUGAUAUCCUUCUAUUCUCACAACCCUACCACGUAUCAAUCACCUCAUCUGAUCUCUGCCCAGGAAUAUCUCCGCAACCUCAUCUCAACAUCUCUCCUGCCAGUGCCGGCGGAGCUCUCAUCCAUAUCACGUUCUUAACAGCACCCUUGGUAUACAUUCUUUGACCAGACCUACGGGGCAACACCUUACUUCGAUCGGCCACACAUACAAUACGAUCACACAUAUAUUGCGUUCACACAUACAAUACGAUCCACACGAAAAUACAGCAACAGAUACAAUACGGUCACUAUCAAACCUACGUUUUCUCCGACUAAAGAGAGAUAUAUAAGCACUGGCCAACCUCCGCCCACGCUCGUUUGCAGCAAACAAAGCUGCCUGGUAGGGCAAUUUGUUUGUUCGCUUGGAUAUAUACGUGGAGGAUCUACGCUCUACCUCUCCUAACCUAUAAGGAGCACAAGGCAUCACAAAUCUUACCAGGCCAGCUUCUUAGUAUAGCAGCUCGCCCAUACCCGAGCACGACCCCUCAUUCCACAUGUCGGAGCCACCGAACACACCUAUGCCGGCGGGCACUCCGGUCCCCGCCAGCACACCCAUAGCGGGCACGCCGCCGAGAUCGACAACGCCGCUAGCCCACUGCGGCACGCCCACGAACGGACACUCGAUAACCAACGGCCAUUCUCACACCAAUGGCUACCCAACGUCCAACGGGAACCUGGGCUCCAAUGGUCAUGCUAAGCUCCCAAACGGCUGUGUUAAUAAGGCGAUUGUCCUCCACAUCGGUGAUCCUAUCCAGUACAACCCGGACUCAUACGCAACCUUUUCCAAGGCCUUUGACGUGGUCCGGCCCAGCUUGUCGGAGCGGCAACGUCCUGAGUUCAUCAAGGCACUACGCGAAGGUCGAUGGGGCAACUUCAGCGCCAUCUUCCGCCCUUUCUGGGGUACUGGCGGUGAAAUGGGCAAAUGGGAUUCCGAGCUGAUCGACCUCCUCCCACAAAGCUGCCGCGUCUUCGCGAGCGCUGGUGCCGGCUUUGACUGGGCAGACACGCAGAGGCUUGGCAACCGAGGCAUUAUAUACUGCAACUCGGGACUCGCAGCCGCCGAGGCGGUGGCCGACUUUACUGUCGCCAUGGUCCUCUCGACAUUUCGCCACCUGCCGUGGUGCAUGGGCGCGGCGAUCGAGUGUCUUGAAGAUGACGAAGAGGAUUCGAAUUUCAUGCUCUGUCACGCCCUGGCGACGGCACGCUCGCACAACCUCCGUGGCCACAAUCUCGGCAUCGUCGGUCUCGGCAAUAUUGGCCGGCAGCUGGCCGCCAAGCUGGGAGGAUCGGCCUUCGGCAUGGCGAUUCACUACACGGACGCCCGCCGCAAGCCCGAACAGGUCGAGCGCGAACUGGGCGUCACCUACCACCAGGAUAUCAGCUCCCUCCUGGCCGCGUGCGACUGCAUCGUGCUCUGCGUUCCGCCCAGAGCUGAUGGCCGACCUGUUUUGGACCGCGCGGCGUUGUUUAGGUUGGGGACGGGUUCUCGAGGUGGUCACCCGAAGCCGGGACUACGCAUCGUGAACGUGGCGCGGGGAUCACUGGUCGACGAGGAGGCGCUCGCGGACGCGCUCGAGUUGGGUGUCGUGACGGCAGCGGCGCUCGACGUGCACGCAUCGGAACCCCGAAUCAACCGGCGACUACUCCGCAUGGCCAGGGUGGGAAACGGCGGUGCCGGAGCCGGCGGCAGCUCCAGCUUCCCGGGCAGGGUCAUGCUGACGUGCCACAAUGCCGGCGGUACCGUCGAGACGCACGCUGGGUUUGAGGAGCUCAGCAUGCGCAACAUCAUGGCUGUGCUGGGCGGUGGCGUUCCCAUAACGCCUGUCAACUUGCGGUACCUGAAGAAGCACUAAAUACCUAUAGGUACAGGUGCAACUAGACGGCUACGGCGGCGCUGUUCUCAUCUCGAAGAGUAAACGGUUAGUUGGGAGGCUAAGCGUUGAUUUCCGAUGAUACCUAAUCUAUAGUUGGUACCAUAGUUGAUGCGUUUAUCUGUUCUCCAAAUUAAUACUUCAUUAUCAUUACGACGGCACUUUGGGAUGCAUCUAGCGCAGCCCUGUGCUGAAGACAGAUAUAGAAAACCCUUGCUAUCUAUCCCGCUCAACGCCUUAACCAAGCUAGUCGUUUUGACAAGGCUAUCAUGGACGCGCUCAUGCUGCUCCGCCGGCCAUCCGACUGGUAGUCCGUGUUGCCCAGGCAUGUCAAAUCAAGGAACACGUUCCAAGCAGUGCCCCUCCCCAGCUCCGACCACGACAAGCUGAGAGGUGGCACCGCCUUGCCGUGCCAGAUCAUGCCGGCCGUGUCGCUCCUGGCGGGCGGUGCGAGAGUGCCGCAGCAGGCCGCCGGGCCCGCCGCCCCGGCCCGCAGCAGGACG